ACAAAAUGCCCAGAAUCGUGCUGUUCUCUUAUCCUGGCUCUCCAUGGGGAGCUAAGGUGAUUAGUUACCUUAGCCUUCGCGGGAUUGAGUAUUCAGAAUGUUGCCAACCCAUGACUUGGCCUCGGCCAGACCUCCAACUCCUUGGUAUUCAAUAUCGCCGCAUUCCGUUCAUAGCAAUCGGCAAGGACAUCUACUAUGACUCGUCACUUAUCUUUGAGAAAUUGGAGGCAUUGUACCCGCACCAACCACUAGGCGCGAAGGAACCAUCGGCGAUGACACUCGAAAAGCUCAUGGAAAAGUGGGCAGAAGGAUCCCUUCUGAACUCGGUUAUGUAUAUACUACCGAAAAGCUUGCCUUUCUUGACAGACUCAAAGUUCCUCGCCGAUAGAAAAGAGCUAUGGGGCAUGGACUUUAGCCCAGACGCUUUAGAGAAAGGCCUGUCUAAAUCUUUAGUGGAGAUAAGGGGGCAUUUUGCUAUUCUUGAAAAUCUUCUCGGAGAUGGAAGGCAGUGGUUGCUUGAUAGUAAGAAGCCCGGAUUGAUCGAUAUUCACGCUGCAUUCUUGUUUGAUUGGAUAUUCAAUAUGCCGGGAGUUCAGAUAAAUGAAUUGAUUUCCGCUAGUGCCUACCCAUUUACUUGGAGAUGGCUUGACAGAUACAGACAUGCGAUCGCGGCAUCGCAAAAGCAAGGAGCAGCAAUAACCCAACUAACAGGACCUGAAGCGACAAAGUUGAUACUGGAAUCUGAAUUCGCUGAGAUGGCAGGGACUGUAAUGGAUGAUCCCACAAGGCUUCGAGAAGGCCAGAUUGUCGCUCUUUAUCGUAUCGACGAUCUCAGCUCCUCAGUCAAACAUCGUGACGUUGGUCGCUUGGUCGGCUUGACACCACAUGAGACUGUUAUUGCAAUCAAAGCGAAGGCAACUGACAUCGAAAUUCGAAUUCAUGCUCCACGCUCGCAGUUUGAGGUAGAGGUCGCUAGCUAGCUAAUCGGAUAAAGAUACGUCAAUGUCCGAAUCCUUUUGACCACCGGUUGAACAACCGCGCGGUAGAGAGCGGAUAGCCAUCAGUGACACAAAUAUGAUCAGAAUAGGUAUUGGUCUCUGAAGAGGUGGUCAAGGCAAAUGCAGAAUAAUGAAAGCAACCUACAUGAAGAUGUGGCAAGACUACUUUGUUAUAAGCCUAUCCUAGAUACCCCUAUAUCUCAUAUUCUGGUCUCUUUAUAGAAAGGACCGAAAUGGCUACGGCUUAC